UUGCGAGCCAAAGUCCACCUGCUGCAUAUUUCCUGGGUUGUUACAUACCAUACUGCUGAACUGCUUGCUCUGGUAUUGUGCACAAGGCUGAGCAGAGGAGCUUGUUUGACGAUCACGCCUUAUUGCUGCCGUCCUGUGUUGUGGAAAGGAAUGCAACAUGCGUAAUGUGCAGGCGAUUAGUUUCAGAUUUAACAUUUUCUGCUGGAAAGGAUGAAAGUCCUGCAGGAAACUGCUGAAACAGACUCCGCAUCUUAGCACAAAGGGGGACUUUCAAGCAGUUGCCAACAUCUUUCACCACACAACCUCUGUAUAGGGGUGGGAAGAUAUGGACAGUAAAGGGUCGGAGAAGAAGGAGAGAGAGGGACAGAAAAGAUCUCCAUUUGAUAUUAUCUUCAGCCAGCUACAAAGAAAAAAGUCAGAUAAAGGAAAAAAUGACAUAUUCCAAGUAAAGAGAUUCUUCAAGGGGUUUGAUAAGGAUACAAGUGACACAGCGAGCACAAAGGAUGAACAAGCACCUGACAAUAGGUCUACACUCGGUGACCAUAAAACGGAGACUGUGGACACCAGCCCUGCAAAAGGAGAGGAUGAGCUAGAUUCUGAUGCCGCUGGAUGGUGGAAGGUGACACGGUUCAUGGAAAAGUUUGGGAAGAAAGCAGAGUAUCACUACAUAAACCUGAACAACUGCGGUCUGACAGCUGCUGAUAUAAAGGAGCUCAGUUCAUUGAUGUCUUUUCUCCCGGAUGUAGAAGAAAUUGAUCUUUCUUGGAAUGAGUUGGUUGGUGGGUCUCUGUUGUUGAUGACCUCAAACCUCCGUCAUGUCAGUAGAUUAAGAAUACUAGGUUUAAGUAACUGCGGCCUCACUGGUGAUGAUGUUGGUGUGUUAGGGGAAUCUCUGCACUACAUUCCUGAUCUACAGGUACUGGAUUUAUCAUGGAACAGUGAUCUGGGAGGGGCCCUGUCCACUCUUACUCAGCACUUGUCAGACCAAUGGGAAUUAAAAAUAUUAAAUUUAACAGAUUGCAACCUUCGAACAAAAGAUGGUGACUCAUUAGCACACGCUGUUAGCAGAAUGCCAAAAUUGGAAGUUUUGGACUUAUCAGAGAACAAAGAGCUUGGAAGUGUAAUCAAGAAUAUCACGGAAAAACUCAAAAACUGCACUUGUUUGUGUGUGUUAAAACUCCGUUCCACUGGCUUACAUCAGGACAGCAUCCAGUGUUUGAGUUCUGCUUUCCAGUACUGGCCAUUCUUACGCAGGCUGGACCUCUCGUGCAAUAAGGCAGCAGGGGGUGGAUUCCGAGAGGCUGCAGCGCAUCUAACCGCAUUCAAACAGCUGGAGCUACUGGAUAUUCACCAGUGCAGCCUUACCGGAGAUGAUGUGGCAGCACUGACUCAAGUAAUACCUCUGCUAUCCAAUCUUCAAGUCUUGGAUAUAUCGUCCAAUAAAAACGUCGGACUUUCCCCUGAACAUCUCUUUAGCAGACUACGUUUUUUGCCAAAACUGAAUUCUGUGAUUAUCAGCAACUGCUCCCUACAGAGAGAAUCUCUUGCAGGAUUGGCUGAAGCAUCGCGUUACCUAAUAGACCUGCAAAAGCUGGACCUUUCCUGGAAUAAGUGUGUUGGAGGAAACCUGAAAAUGUUUUCAGAAACUCUGAAAAAUGCUACUGUUCUCCAAAGCCUUCUCCUGAGCAGCUGCAAUCUGCUAACACAAGAUCUGGCAGUUUUAGCAUCAGCAGCACAAGCCGGUCAUCUGGACAAUUUACAGCAGCUGGACCUUGCCUAUAAUGACACUAUCCCUGAUGAAGGCUGGUCCCUCUUCUAUGAAAGUGCGCCUGCUCUGAAGAAUGCUGUUGAAUUAGAUAUGAGUUUGAGACCUGCUUCUGCUCGUGACUGUGGGCCAUGGUUCAUUCACUUACUCUCCAGUCUGCAAAAGCUGCCUAAGCUCAGGGAACUGGGAAUGCAGCGCUGGGUACUGUCAGCAGCAGAGCAGCAGCAGCUAAAUCGUAUCCAUAGGGAAAAUGACAUCAAUAUUAACUAUGAUUGAUCUUUGUAUAUAGGCAAAUACAAUUAUACAUGAAGAAAGAACAGGUAUUACAUACAGUAUGCAUUCCCAAAGACCAAACAAUGAUUAUCACAGAUAGGCUAUUCUCUUUGAAUCUUCCAAAUACGUGAACCUACCUUAUUGUAAAUUAUGAAAGUGUACUCAUUUACCAGCGAUUAUUCAGAUUUUAUAAGAUCUUAUUGUUUACUUAACACAGAGCUGUUUUUGUCUGUAAGAAAAUGAAUAAAACACAAUAUUUUCUUUUUUUUAA